AUGUGGGGUCCCCUGCAGGGACGGGGGGUGAAGGGGCAGGGGGGCCUGGCUGGAACGUGGGGUGCAGCCCCCCUAUUCUGGGAGCGGGGCCCCGCACUAGGGCAGUUUGGGGGCACCGGGGCGGGGGGGGAUUCUGUCUGUGCCACCUGCUGUCUGUCAAUAAAGCUCUGGCCAUUGCUCCGGCUGCGUGCGUGGGGCGCCCGGGCUCCGCGGUCGCCGCGCGUCACGGCCGGGGAGGCCAGGGCCGGGAGCGGGGGCCGCCUGCCCCUCGCCCUGCUGGCCACCGUGGCCGGCUGGGCGCUGGCCCUGGCCCGGGCCCUGCUGGUCCUGAGCAGCGAGGGCUGCGCCUGGCUCCUGGGCGCCCCCUGCCUGCGGCGGGCGUAUCACGCCUGGCUGGCGGGCGCCGUGGUGCUGGGGCCUCUGCUGCACCCCCUGGCCGACCCCCACGGCCUGCUGGCCACCCACAACUUCCUCAGCCGCACCUUCGCGGCCUCGGCCUGGGGCUGGACCUGCGCGCUGGCGGGCGGCUUCGCGCUGCUGCUGAGCUACGGGGCCACGGGCCGGGCGCUGGCCCCGCUGCGCCCCCUGGCCCGGCUCGCCGUGGGCUCCGCGCUGCAGCUGGGCGCCGCCGCCGCCCUCGGGCUGCUGGACGAGCCGCCGGGCUGCUGCCCGCGGCGCUGCCCCCGCGGCCCCGCGGCCGGGCGGCCUGGCGGGCGGGCCCGCGGGCGCGGCGCGCGGCCCAGCUUCCUGCUCACCUCCUGCAGCCUGGUGCUGGCCGAGGAGCUCGCCCCGUUCCGCCGAUACCUGGCCCGCGCGCACCCGGCCGGCGCCGCGCUGCGCGUCGUCGUGCUGCUGAGCGCGCUGCUGGUGUGGCUGCUGUGCCGGCUGCUGCUGGGCGCCGCCGUGCACGGCCCGGCCUUCGGGGCGCAGCUGCUGGGCGCGGCCGCGGCCACCCUGGCCUGGCACCUCACCUACCGCGGCUGGUACCGGGCCCGCUGGUCCCCGGGCCGCCCGGCCGCCGGCCUCUUCCCCAAGGGCGAGCCGCGCGCCUGA